AUGACACAGGUUUUAACAACGUACCGAUUGGGAGAGCAUAGCUCCACAGAGAGAUCUCCUGCUAAAAUUAUGUUUGGGAGGCAAUUGAAAACAAGUCUGGAUUGGAUCCGACCAAAUGCCGAACACGAAAUAGUAAGGGCCAAUGAUAGACAAAGCCUUCAUCAUGAUUUACAUUCAAAGGAAAGAGAAUUUGAAAUCUCACAACCUGUAUGGUUAAAUAAUGAAAAUACCAAUGGUUGGAGAGAGGGAGUAAUUAAAGAAAGAAUAGGACUUUAUUCUUAUAUUGUUGAAUCUUCCGGGAAAACAUUACGAAAGCAUGCAGAUCAGUUAAGAAAUCGUUUAGUUAUCCCAAAUCAUGAAAGUUCUUUGGAAGUUACAGAAAUGGUUGUGCCAGUGAAUGAAGCAAAUACAAACACAAAUACCACAUUACGUUGUUCAUCAAGAAACCGUAAACCUACAAAGAGGUUUAUUGAAGAAAUAAUGUUUGAAGGAAAUGUAAUAAAUUAA